AGUUAUCCACAUCUCUCUUUCGCCUCGGCGCUCUCCGUUUUCCGGUGGUUCCCGCAGUUCAGUGUAGCACUAUGAGGAUCCCGAUCGGUGUUCUCCAGGUCUGGGGCCUUGUUUAUUAAAACAGCUUAAUUCCUGUUCCUGUCAUGGGUAUGGAGCAUUUGAUGAGUUCUGCUAAUCCGUCCUCAGGUUUUGUGUGGCAUGAGAAUGAAGCAGCGGAGGAAAUGAAAAGGCUAGAAGGUCUGAGGGCAGAAUCAAAGAUGGGAACCUGCCAAACAACAGAAAGCAGAGAUGGAACAAUCAGAUGUCCGAUUCCGUGCAAAAGCAGCAGGUGGUAUAGGGAUCGUGAUUUUAGAGCUGCACAAGAUCUUUCUGAUUUCGUUGUGAGCAAGGUUUCCCCUCCAUACUUUAUGGGAUCUUCACCAGUUCGUGCAACCAAUCUUCUUGUCCAUGAUACACAGUUCUGUGCAUGGAAGGUGCAAAGCGUUGAUCAGUCACUUGGAGUUCAAAUACCAACCAGGGGUUACAAUGCUCGCUAUUAUGUGAGGGAAGGAUCUGUUACAAAGGCUUUAAGUUAAAGUUAUCAGUUUCAUGACCUCUCAGAACAUUCCAGCUGAUGUGAAGUUGUAACUCGCCUUCCUCAGCAAGGCCAAGUGUACAUAGAGUCGUCACCCUUUGAAGGUGUCUUUCCGAGUCUUUUGCGAUAGGUCAUUGGCAGUGUUGUAAAUACCUUUUUGUUCACUUUUGUAGUUAGCAAAGCUA